AUGGCGUCCCCCAACACCCCCGAGGACGACGAUGUUUUCGCACGUUUCAAAGCAAGCACCGACAAGGACCGCGAGGACGCUGUCAGGGACCGUGUGAGGGCGCAGUAUGAGAGAGCGCAGAGGACGCUGGCUGGGCUGAUAGACGAGAACUCGACGCUGCCCGUCUCCAUCUCGGAAAUCAGGAUCGAGGGCGCAAAGAACACCAGGAAUGGCUUCCUGGCAAGCGUCAUCAGGCCGGCGCUGAGCAGUGAGAGCGGGAAGAGCUACACGCUUGCUACGGCACUCGAGGAGCUCCAUGGACGGACCAACACCCUGCACCGGUUCGGCAUCUUCCACCCCACAAUCAGCAUCUACCUCGACAAGAAGCCGACCUCCACCCCCGACCACACAGACCUCAGCGUCCUCCUCACCGUCGCCGAAAAGUCCCGGCUGCUGCUCAAGACCGGCACCGACGUCGGCAACGCCGAGGGCACAGGCUACGUCCACCUCACCUACCGCAACGUCUUUGGCGGCGCCGAGUCGCUCAACGGGUCGGCCUCCAUCGGCACACGCACGCGCUCCGCCUACGACCUCAACUUCACCACGCCCGUCCUCGCAAACCCGGGCAUCAUCGCCGAGGUUGGCGGCUACGCGAGCACGCGCAGCCACCACCACUACGCCAACCACGAAGAGGCCCUGAAAGGUGCCCGCGCCGCAAUCAAGUGGGGCGAGCACGAGGUCGGCUACGGCGGUGUGUGGCGGCAGGUUACGGGGCUGGGGAAGGGCGCCAGCCAGAUUGUUCGCAGCGACGCGGGCGACAGUGUCAAGAGCGCGCUGAGCUACUCGUUCUUGAGGGACCGCCGGGACAAUGCGCUGCUGCCUGGGAGGGGGUAUCUUUUCAAGGCGGCUACGGAGCUGGCGGGGGUGGGCCCUCUCGGCGGGGAUGUGGCGUUUGGGAAGGUGGAGCUUGAGUCGCAGGGUGCGGUGACGGAGCCGAGGACGGGCAUCUCGUUUACGGCGGGGUUGAGGAGUGGGCUGCUGUACCCGCUGCCGUCCGCGGUGGGCGAGGAGUCUAGGCCUGCGAGGCCGUCGAGGAUCAAUGAUCGCUUCCAGCUCGGGGGCCCCACGGACGUGAGGGGGUUUAGGGAGUGCGGACUGGGUCCCAAGGCCGGGGAGGACUCUGUUGGCGGCGAUGCCUACAUCGCCGGUGGGGCGUCGGUGCUGUUCCCGCUGCCAAAGCUGGGGCGCGAGAAGCCGCUGAGGCUGCAGGCGUUUGUCAAUGGCGGGAGACUUGUGGGGCUGCAGGGUAUUGGUCGGGAGGCGGGCGGCGACGUCAAUAAGAGUGUUGCGCAGGCGGCAAAGAGCCUGACGAGCGAGCUGCCGAGCAUCGCGGCGGGCUUCGGGCUGGUGUAUGCGCACCCUGUGGCGAGGUUUGAGCUUAACUUUUGUCUGCCGAUUGUGAAGAGGCCUGAGGACAGGGCGAGGAAGGGGAUACAGUUUGGGGUGGGGAUGAACUUUUUGUAG